AUGCUCCCAAAGUUGCUCCCAAAGUUGCUCCUUGCAUUUUUUCUCCUUUCCACGUUUGCUGGGACAAUAGCCUCUCCUUUGGCAGCCCGUGGCUUCGAUGGUCGGCGAAUCAAUACGCAACAAAUCGCUCUACAAGUCAAACUGUUCCUGAGCCUGGAGAGACUUGCCAAACCUCAACUGGGGGAAAAUCGACCAUGGCAAGGGACUGGCAUUAACACUUGGCCUCAAAGGUCUUCUCGGCGAACCGGGCUUGUCAUAGCUAGGGUGAAGUUUGCCUCGAACACUGAGAAGGAAGAGGUACUCCAGUAUUUGGGUAAACUUGAGGCGACCUCGAACCUGUUAUACUUGAUCAAGGUACUCAGGGAAAUGGCGGCAAUGGCUCGAGAGAAAAAGAAGAUAACUGGUUUCGAAUGGAAGAAUCAGCUCGAGUGGCAGCAGCAAUAUUGGAAAAUGAUAGAAAUGUUUGAGGAUGGACUUGGUGGAAAAGUUGACGGAAAUGAGAAGAAAAUAUAUCAGGACCUCUUAAUGAAGCGCCAGGAGAAGGCAAAGGAGAUGGAAGCAAAGAAAAGCGGCGAAAGCUAG